AUGUCGGCAUCAUCUCUUCAACAGUCAAUUGAGUCUCCAGGGGCAGGAACUCCUACCAUCGCACUUUCACCAGCUGGAACAAGAAGUCGUGCUAUCUCAGCUGCACCUGGACCUGCGUCACCAGCCACGACCGGGCUCCACAGCCACAGAACGCCACUCUCCAUUAAGCCGAAUUCGAAACCACCUCCACCCACACAACCUCAUCAGCGCACUGCUCUUCCAUCUAUCAACAAGAUGGCCAUGUCGUCUGUAAUCAGCCCCAGUCCGGCUCCGCCGGAGCCUCCAAAGGUGUCUAUGACUUCCAAAGAAUGGGUGAUCCCCCCUAGACCCAAGCCUGGCAGGAAGCCUGCUACCGAUACGCCACCAACUAAGCGCAAGGCUCAAAACCGCGCAGCUCAAAGGGCUUUCCGAGAGCGGAGGGCUGCCCGUGUUGGUGAACUUGAGGAACAACUUGAUCAGCAACGUGAGGUUCAGGAAAAGCAUGAGACGGAUCUCAAGGAUAAAAUUCACGAACUUGAGCUUGAUGUUCAGUCCUACCGGUCCCGAUGCAUGUUGCUUGAAAAUAUGCUUGAACGGGAAAGACAAGAUCGUAUCAGGGUUGAGACAGAAGCUGAAACUCUCAAGCGUCGUCUGGAUGACGGCAUCUUCAACUCAAAUUUUCAGUCACGAAAUAUGAGCGCUCAACACUCUUUUGAUGGAAUGCACAGUCCUACAAGUCAAGGACCAAGACACAGUUUGCCCGAUGGACGACCUGACCGUCAACCAGGUCACUCCUUUUCCAUAUCACAAAUCAUCUCCCCCCCAGAAACCCUUGACAUGAACUCGUCCCAUGAUCCCGAGACUACCCUUACCUGCGGCAAUUGUUCCCCAAACGGACAUUGUGCGUGCGCAGAAGAGGUGAUGAGGACAGCCGAAAGCGGUUGCGGCAAAUGCAGUCUCUCGUCCACCUGUCAGUGCCUCGACGAAGCGGCUGAAGCCCUCGAUCGAUCUCAGGAACUCAAGCGUCCUGUCUCACCGUCUGCGGAUGUAUCGCAUGAGAAGAGACACCGAUCCAGUCCACAUGAUACAGUAGAGACUGAUUAUACAGCCAUGUUCUCCCGCAAGCCUGUUCAAGAGGCCUUCUCUGCCCCCUCUCAACUCCCUUCCAUGGAUCCUAUGCCGUUCAGAGAUGGCUGCGGCUUUUGCAAAGAUGGAACGUAUUGCGUUUGUGCCGAUACAGCACUGGCAACUCCCGCCAUGACUCCUAAUGAUACCCUUCCUCCCAUCUCUCAGCAGGUUCAAACCCCUCCUCCUGAAGAGACUGAUCUGCCUAUGCUUGCGAUGGAGAUGACCGCCGAUGGAGCUGUCAAGCUCCCCCGUCGCACGCAGCCCAAGCCAACUGAGCGUCCAAGUGGUUGCGGUCCAAAGGGACCCGGCUCAUGUGCUCAGUGCCAGGCUGACCCCAAAUCUGGACUCUUCUGUCGUCUCAUGGCCGCUAACUUCACCCGUAAGGACGGUAGCUCUGGAGGUUGCUGUGGUGGCAAGGGUGCUGGCGGUGGAUGCUGCAAGUCUCAGCCCAAACAACCCCAACAAUCCCAACAACCUCAACAACCCGAAAAGAUCAACCUCCCAAGUCUCCCUAGUCUAGGCUUGAGCUGUGCCGAGGCAUAUCAAACACUAUCUAGUCAUCGCAACUUCUCCAAGGCGGCAGACGAUAUCGGAUCUUGGUUGCCCAAGCUCAAGGCUACUCCACGACCUGGUACCAGGCCAGCUCCUCCUGGCUCAAUGAUGCCUAUUGAGGUUGAAGCAGCAAGUAUAAUGAGCGUCUUGAAGGAUUUUGAUGUUCGGUUUGGGAGGGGAAUUUAA